AGGACGCAUGCGUGCGCCGCUGCGGGACUCAGAUGAAGCUCCACGCCGCUCACCGACACUCUGAGCGGGGAAACACGCGAGCAGGAACCGCUGGACUACCGCUCAGCGUGUGUAGCCGUGAUGACUGACGUGAUGAUCAGCGCAGCACCGAUGGAUGAUAUGAGGCUCAGUCCCAGCAAGGAGCGGCUCACCUUUCAGAUCUUCCCGGACCCGUCAGACUUCGAGCGCUGCUGUAAACUGAAGGAGCGUCUGCCAUCCAUCGUGGUGGAGGCGACGGAGGGAGAGGUGGAGAGCGGAGAGCUGCGCUGGCCCCCGGAGGAUUUCCUGAUCACUGAGGAAGAGGAGGAGGAAGAGGAGGAGGAGGAGGAUCAGCAGAACACACACAACACCCAGCAUUAGAGACGCUCGCAAUCACUCAACACACACACACACACACACACACACAGGAGAUCAGGCCUGGACUGACAGCAGACUGAUCUCACACACACACACAUACACUCCCAUGAACUGCGUCAGCACUGAGAAUUAAAGUGUGUGUGUGUGUGUUUAAAUGCAGGGAGUGAGGAGUGUGUGUGUGUUUAAAUGCAGUGAGUGAGGAGUGUGUGUGUGUGUGUUUAAAUGCAGUAAGUGAGGAGUGUGUGUGUGUUUAAAUGCAGUGAGUGAGGAGUGUGUGUGUGUGUGUUUAAAUGCAGUGAAUGAGGAGUGUGUGUGUGUGUUUAAAUGCAGUGAGUAUGUGUUUAAAUACACUGUGUUCAUUUGUGUUGGAAUACAGUGAGAAAGUGUGUGCAGUGAAUGCAGUUGAAUGCAGUGUGUGUGCUUGUGAGAGAGAGUGCAGUGAGUGAGGUGUGUGUGUGUUUUUCUGAACACAGUGAGUGCUUAGUGGUGUGUGUGUGUGUGUGUGUGACAUUAUUUACCUAUUUGUGAUGAUGAACUGAUGAUGAUGAUGACAGUGACAGCAUUCCUGCGCUCAUUCCCUUUAUUUACACUGUUUUCUGCACACACAGCUUCAGAUGUGAGUGUGUGUGUGUGUGUCCGUGGUGUGUGAUUGUACUGUAAAUAGACUGAUGGUAGUGUGUGUUUGUGGAGAAUCGUGGCUUGUCUUCUGUUGUCUACAGAUGUGUGUAGUAUAUACACACACACAUGCACACACUUAUGUACGUGUCAGUGUUGAUGUGUUCCGGGGCACUUCCUGUUUACUCGUCCCUCUUCAUCUGAAAAGACUCAGGGAGUUUCUCUUAUUGUGUGUGUGUGUGUGUGUGUGUGUGUGU